AUGCGCAAGUUGUUGUUGUUGCUCAUACAAGUUGCCGCCGUCCAUGGUAUGUUGUUGUGUAUAGUAUUGAGUAUUCUUUUCGUAUUUUAGCCAUAUCCAAUUGUCCGAUGAGCACGGUGAAGCCGAUCAUUCAGAGAGCCAUCGAGGCGUCGGGGAACGAUGCCGCGCUUCAGAUGCAGGUAUUCACGAGACUCUUUUGAAUAUUUUAGUUUUUAUAGUAGUCUUACGUGUAGUAUAAGAUGCACUUACAUUAUAUUGUUAUCAAAAGUAUAUUUUAAUUUACUUUCCUUAACUUCUAGCUGAUCCGUCGCAUAAUGGAAGACAUUUACGGUGGCACGUGGGGAGUGCUGAUAGUAAAGGAAACCGAACUAGUCUCUACCAUGGUACACUGGACUAUACCAGACCAUAAACACGAAGAUGGGUCAGCAGCAUUCUGCCUUCAUGUUGAGAGGGAAUGGCAGUACAAUGUGUUCAAAACAGGAAAUCAGGAUACUGACAACCGGCUGACAGUAGAACAGGUUGUUCAUCGGUAGGUCAAGAAGUUUGUAGAAUAAUUUAUGUGAUAAUUCUAACUAUUUUCCAUUGAUUUCUUUUUGACUAACCCAUUAGUUUACUAGUUUUCAUAUGUUAAAGAUCGUUCAGGAUACGAAUUCAACGAUUUUUUUAAAAAAUGGUUUUUAUUUUUAAAAAAAUCAAAUUUUUCCGAAUCUCGCCACGAAUUUUUGAAUCAAAUUUGUGACGAUGACAAAACAUUUGUUUUAAUUUGGCUUCUCUUCCAGACUCCGUGACAAGCAACGCCCCGAGCGAAUGACCGUCAGCGAGUUUGAUCGACGAGUGGCAAAUGCACUCCUCAAGCGUCGCCAAAGCCGGCUCAUUCAGCCGCAAUCAUUUGGUAGUAGUCCUGUUAAAAAAUAA